AUGGCGACGGCACCUCCGGCAUCGCUGCUGGAGGAACUCCCCAGGGAGUGUCUCGACGCGGUCCUCGGCGGACUCGCCGCCGGGGAUGUCAGGAGCGCGAUGCAGUGCUCCACGACCAUGCGAGACGCGGGAACUCGCUUUUGGAGGGACGCGCUCUUUCGCGACUUCGGUUUCGUCGCGCCGACGGAGGAGGCGGACGACGACGGGCGCCGGUGGCGUCGCCUCUACGACGCGAUCUCCGAUCGAAUCCGUCCUUCGCGCACGCGUCUCAAAGACACCGGCUGCCUGCGCGUCAACGGCAUCUACUGCGACGGCGGCGUCGACGAGUGCACGGAGGAGCAGUGGUUCCGAAACGUGUUCGACGUCGACGCGCACGACCGCUUCUACUGCAGCGCGGCGUCCUCGAACGUCUCCGUCAUCGGCUGCGUCGUCGCGGGCGAACGCAACGAGGCGUACGGUUACGACGAGUACCGGCUCGAACGACGCGCGUACAUGACGCGCCGGUGUAACCUCAACGCGCUGAUGCUGACCGCGUUCGAGGAGGACCGCAUCCGCGCGCAUUCGGACGAAACAUUCGUCCCUCGGUCGUUCCAGGAGGUGUUGAGGCACUGCAAGACCUCCAGGGAGGUCUUCGACUUUGGGCGGUGGCCGGACUCGCGGCUGCUGGAGUUCUUCGUCGCGCGUCUGCAGGCGGCGCAGGACGGGGACCCGGUCGCGGCGCUGCUGUUCGACGGCGUGGACGGCGUGGAAGACGACUUCGUGUUGUCACGCUCGACACAACGACAUAACAACUUGAAGUCGCUCGCGCAACGCGUGAAGGAAGCGUCCGUCGAGGAAGCGAUCCCGACGUCGUCGCAGAACGCCGCCGACGGCGUCGACGCCGAGAGGACGGGCGACGCCGGGCAGAGGGACCUCAGGCGGGAGAUCGAGAGGGCGCGGCGAUACGCCGCCGACGCGACGUCGCCGCCGCCGCCGCCGCGCCCGGAACAUCUCGUCGAAGAGCGAACCCUCGAGGCCCGGCUCGAACGCGAGCGCGCGUCGUUCAUCUCGAACCGCGCCGCGUCUCUGACCGAGUGCCCCGGCGGCCGAGCGCACGGCGGCGAGCCGUUGCGCUUGCUCGCGACCGAGGGCGCGAUGGCCGCGUUCGGACGCGCGAGCGCGAGCGAAGAGACCCGCGCGCCGUGGGAACACCCGAUCCAAUUUUUCCCGGAGGAGCGGCGAGCCGCGACGCGCGCGUCGCGAUGCGUCGACGCGAUCGUCACGCGCGUGGACAUCUCCAGAGAGGGGCAGUUCACGUGCCCGGUCGCGAGCGGCGUCGUCUUCUUCGGUCCCGGGCCGGGCGCGUGCGACGACGCCGAGGAGGUGGAGCGUUGGUGCGUCGCGUCGACGCGGGGACCGGACGCGACCGGAGGCCCCGCCGCGUUCGACGACGUCGACGCGAGAGAGAAAGUGUUCGACCUGGUCGACGGCGACGACGACGACGCCGGCCGCGGCUUGCCGAAGAUCGUCGCCGUUCACGGCUUGGAAGGCGGCGUCGCGUACGAGUUUGCGCGCGUGAAGACGCCGCCGGGGAGUCGCGCGUUUACGCCGGCGCUUUGGUUCAAGUUUUACGCGAAACGAGCGGGCGUCGACGCCGCCGCCGCCGCCGCCGACGACGGACCCUCCCGCAACGACCUCUCGCCCACGAGGGACGUCAUGUCCGUGCGGCUGAAACUCCCGCGAUGGGCGCGGUGCGUCUGCGUGAAGUUGAUCAGAUGCGAGAACCUGAUGCACGAUUGGGAGGACCUGCACGACGACGAAAAUCUGGACGUGCGCCGCGUCGCGCUGCACGGCGCGACGAUCGACGUGGACGCGUCCGCGCGCGCGCCUUGA